AAAACGGUUCUGAUGUGGCCAAAGUGUGUGAGUGGCCAAAAACAUGGAGUUUCUAAGCCUCAUCACUUUUCUACUCUUCCUAGUGGUGCCAGCAACCUCUUCUUCCCAAUAUGUGGGGAACAAGCUACUCAGUAAUCGCAAGAUAUUCCUAAAGACGGAGAACACAACCUCUUAUGCUGUGAUUUUUGAUGGUGGUAGCACCGGGACUCGUGUGCAUGUCUUCCAUUUUGACCAGAACCUAGAUCUCCUUCCCGUUAACGAUAGUUUUGAGUUUUAUGAUAAGAUCACACCAGGUCUAAGUUCUUACGAGGAUGAUCCUGAAGAAGCUGCAGAAACUCUCAUUCCACUUUUGGAGGAAGCAGAAAGCUUGGUCCCUGAGGACUUGCGCUCCAGUACCCCCGUUAGGCUUGGAGCAACUGCAGGUUUAAGGCUGUUGGAAGGGAAUGCUUCUGAGCUAAUAUUAGAAGCGGUUAGGGAUAUGCUGACUAACAGAAGUUCCCUGAGCCUAGAAUCUGACGCAGUGGCUAUUCUUGAUGGAACCGCCGAAGGUUCUUAUAUGUGGGUGGCAAUGAACUAUCUAUUGGGAAAUUUGGGGAAAAGCUUUUCACAGACGGUGGGAGUUGUCGAUCUUGGAGGUGGAUCAGUUCAAAUGGCAUAUGCAGUCUCAAGCAAUACAGCUGCAAAUGCUCCAGAAGCACCAGAUGGUGAAGAUGCAUACAUACAGACACUUGUAGUUAAUGGAACAACUUAUAACCUCUAUGUUCACAGUUACUUGUACUAUGGUAAAGAAGCAUCGCGUGCAGUGAUUAUGAAUGUCACCGGUGAUUCAUCUAACCCUUGCAUUUUAGCCGGUUAUAAUGGGACCUACACAUAUUCGGGAGUUGAAUACACGGCCUUGGCCUCCACUUCUGGCUCUGAUUAUGACGAAUGCAGAGAGAUAGUUCUUGAAGCUCUCAAAGUGAACGAGACAUGCUCAUAUAAGAAUUGCACUUUUGGUGGGAUAUGGAACGGUGGUGGAGGAAGUGGACAAAGCACUCUUUAUAUCACUACAUCUUUCUAUUACCUGGUUAUAGAUUCUGGUAUAGUUGAUUCAAAUAAAACCAGUGCCACAAUUUAUCCUGCGGAAUACAAGAUUGCAGCUGAGAAGGCUUGUCAAGUAAAACUUGAGGAUGCUCAAUCCACUUAUCCACUUCUGGACGAGGAUGUACUUCCAUACAUUUGCCUCGAUCUUACGUAUCAAUACACGUUGCUCGUCGAUGGAUUUGGCCUAGAUCCAUAUCAAGAGGUUAUAGUGGCAAAUGAAAUUGAAUAUCAAGAUUCUCUUAUAAAGGCAGCAUGGCCUCUAGGCAGUGCCAUAGAAGCCAUAUCUUCUUUGUCUUCGUUUAAGCGAUUGAUGUAUUUUAUGUAACAUAUCUAGAGAGUUUGAGCUAUCUCUACUAAAUAAAAUGAAGCUCGCCUCUUCCUAUCCUUUAUUCCAUUGUGUAUAACGAGAUCAUCUUUUCCGUUAGAUUCAUUUGCCAAU